CUUCACUGCUUUCACCAAUGCUUUCACCUAGCGGCGAAAGGCGCGCGCAAGCUCGGACCGCGCGGAGCGGCGGUUGGCACGGUUGGUGUGAAAACGCUCGCCCUAGACGAUAUGCCGGCCAAAGCUUGUGAAGCAAAGUAUCGCUGACAUUACCACUUUGUGCAGCUAAAUGAUGGCUUCAGCUGGUGAAAGUAACUCGCUUUUCAAGCUUCACAAGACGGAAGGAAAGAAGCUGCUGAAGGAAGGGAACGUCCCUGGAGCACUACAGGCUUUCGAAAGAGCUGUUGAAUGCCAGGCCGACGAUCGUCUGCAAGCCAAGAUGGAAAAAAUGCGAGAGUUUUUGAAGAAUCAAAAUGACCAAGAAGAUUGUGAUACUGACAUGAUUGAAAUUGGUAAAGGAUUCUUUCUCUACCAAGCCAUCGAACAAAAGCUCUAUGCUUACCAAAAGGAGGGCUUGCUGUGGAUGUGGGGGUUGCACUUAAAGAAGCGUGGUGGUGUUCUCGGAGACGACAUGGGCUUGGGCAAAACAAUUCAAGUCGUUGCCUUUCUUUCAGGCAUGUUUGACGGCGAAAUGAUUAAGAGUGUCUUAAUUAUUAUGCCUGUGUCCCUAAUUGCUAACUGGAAAAAAGAAUUCGAAGCGUGGGCACCAGGCAUCAAUGUGUAUGAAUACCACUCGGUGUCCAAGAAAGAGCGAGAAAGAAACUUGGCCAGGGUGCAGCGACGUGGUGGUGUCCUCUUGACAAGUUAUGGCAUGGCACAAACAAGCAAAGAAGCAUUUUGCACCCAAAAUGGCCAACAGUUUGUGUGGUGCUAUCUGAUUCUUGAUGAAGGCCACAAGAUAAAAAACCAGACGAAAACAACAAAAGCCAUCUACGAGAUUCCAGCUAAGCACCGGCUUGUGCUCACAGGUACAGCCGUCCAGAACAAUCUUCAAGAACUGUGGGCACUCUUCAACUUUGCACAUCAAGGUGCACUUGUGGGCUCUUCAACAACAUUUAAGAAUCAAUAUGAGAAUCCUAUCAACAGGGCACGUGAAAAAGACGCCACUACGGGAGAGAGACUUUUAGGCGCUACGAUAGCAGAUCAGCUACGGAACUUGAUAAAGCCAUACUUUUUGAGGAGAACAAAGGCAGAAGUGCUUGAGAACAAAGAGAACAGCGAAGGCGACGAGGCUUCUUUGCGCCCUAAGCUGACAUUCACUUCAACAAAAAAUGACCUUGUCAUAUGGAUAUACCUGUCUGAGCUACAGAAGAAAAUAUAUAAAGAGUUCCUUGAGUCUGAUGAAGUAGCCAAUACCCUCAUGACCAAAAAGUCGCCCCUUGUGCAACUCACUGUGCUUAAAAAAAUUUGUGAUCAUCCAAGACUUCUUUCAAAGCGAGCAUGUGUUCAAAUGGGUAUGUAUGAUGACAUGACAAGAGAAGAAAUUGAAGAAUUUCUUCAAAGGGAAGAAGGAACAUCAAUGUCCAUUGGUGAUGUAUCGGAUGAUGAUCUGCUUGAAGAGUCUGGAAAGAUGACGUUUGUUUUGCAGCUUUUGACAAUUCUCAGAGCUGAAGGUCAUCGCACACUUCUUUUCUCUCAGUCAAGGAAGAUCUUGGACAUCAUUAAUCGAAUUCUCACUCACAGGAGCUUCAGAGUUACUCGACUUGAUGGUACAAUCAGCAAACUCUGUGAACGUGACCGUAUAGUCACACAGUUUCAAAGCAAGGACAAUGCUGAUGUGUUUCUACUUACGACUCAGGUUGGAGGUGUUGGGCUCACUUUGACUUCUGCUGACAGGGUCAUUAUUUAUGACCCAUCCUGGAACCCAGCCACAGACGCUCAAGCUGUCGACCGUGCUUAUCGCAUAGGGCAACAAAAGAAUGUUGUGGUUUAUCGCUUGAUAACAUGCAGUACAGUUGAGGAAAAGAUCUAUCGCCGCCAGAUAUUUAAAGAUUCUAUCAUAAAGCAAACAACGGGGAAACAAAGAGACCCCAUCCGCUAUUUCACAAAGCAAGAGUUAAGGGAACUUUUUACUCUUGAAAACCCCAACUACUCUGGCACACAGGUUCAGCUUUCUCAAAUGCACUCAUGGAACAAAGACACGAACCCUGCUCUUGAAGAUCACAUUGCUCUUUUGCAAAUGAAGAACAUCUUUGGAGUCAGUCAUCAUGACCUUAUGUUCUCCGAGGAAUCUCGGGAAAAUGCGAAAGAUGAAUUUGUGCCUGGAGAAAUAGAGCGUGUAGAGGAGCGUGCCAAGAUGGCACAACAUAUGAUCACAGUAGAAAGUGACAUGGUACUAAAGGAGAUUGAAAACAAGGAAUUCUACACUGUGCCCAUCAACAAUGCCGUGAAAGUUCGACCAACAGAGCAGCGAGCAAACUCACCUAAAAGGAAUCUAUUGCCUGGUGUGCCCAACGACCGAGAUGACGGUAUGUCGUCCAAGUGGAACAAGGCUUUGGUGGUGCCUGAUGAUGAUGUCCACAUUGAUGGUGUCGACUUGCUUAACAAGUCAUUGGCUAGCAUGACUUUUGUGACCUCAGAAAAUGGUGAUAGCAUCAUAGUUGAUGAUUCUGAGGAAGAGCUCUUUUCAUCUUGUGAAGAUAUGGAUUCUAUUGUGAUAGACACAGAUGAGGAGUCAUCAGACUCUCUGAAAGAAGUGGACAGUACUGCAAGUUCCAAGAUGGAGAAGCAAGGUUUUCUUGCUUUGAGCACAGCUGACAACAGAGUUUUUGCAAAGGCUGAAGAUCAGCUUGGAAAUGACACAAAGUGUGAUGUGCAAAUUGUGAAUAUUGAACAGCCAGGUAAGGAACCCCACACCGGGGAUGAACAAAAUCUAAUGGCUGACCGUUCAUUUCAAGAACUGCAUGAAUCGCCUGCAGAGUUUUUGCUUGAAGUGCAGGACAAACAAAGCACAUCGGAACAAAGCAAAUCGCCUUCUUUUUUAGACGAAAGGGAAGACAACCCCACUUGCAAGGCCACUCUACAAGGCAGUUUUGACAAAGGUGCUCAAAAGUCAGCAUGUAGAUCCUCUUUUAGCGAUAAUGGAGGCAGUGGGAAGCUCAAUAAGGAGACCCAUAGCAAAUAUUUGCAUACCAUGGAACAUGGAAAGAGGCUUAUCAAGAAGCGUUUGUGGAAUUCCCCCAGCAAUUCAUCCUUUAUUCAGAUAGAGGCAAAGCACUUUCAGCUUUCUCCAUCUGUCCUCCAAAAGGAAGGUGACAGUGAUACCAGAACAACACAAAAAGAUCUUGGCACACCGCAAAAUCAAUUGCCCGAAAUGGCAACAAGCAAUGUUUCAUCUCCUGCCAAGCCAUCUGUCAGCCAGCCAAGGCUUCACAGUACACCACUGUCUACUCCUCCCAAGCGAAUUGCACCAUUUUUUGUAGGGUCACCACAGCCAUUUUCACCAUCUUCAUGCCAAAAGGUGCCUCCAAGUCCUUUUCAGGAGGCCCUUGCAAAAUCUGUAGAAGUGGAUGUGACCCCCCAGAAAGUGCAACAAGCUUCACCUGCUCAUUCGAGCCAGACUUAUGUGCAUUUCGUGUCUUCAGAAGAUGAAGAGGAUGCAUUAAGUUCUGAUGAAGUGGUGUUUUGCAGAGGUUUAAAGAAAAAAGCGUUCGUGAUCACUGACAGUAGUGAUGAAACACCUUGACUACCUUGUAAUAAAUUAUUUUAUUUUGCAA